AUGAAUCUCAAGCUCACUACCUGGAAAAGCGGCCUGGGGCUGCUUUCUUUCCUCUUCCUAACCCCAACUGUCGUCGCUCAUUCAUGGGUCGAACAGCUCAUGGUUAUCGCACCGAAUGGCACCUUUGUCGGCUCUCCAGGGUAUUCAAGAGGGAACGUACUUCGCUCUGACCCUGGAUACAGCGACUCUAAGAUGCAAAAUUUGGUCCCAGACGGUCGCAAUGAGCUACUCCCAACUGAUUUGCUGUGUAAGAACACUCAACAGAAGCAAGUACAGUCCGAAGGGAGCCCAAGACUGCAGGCAAGCGCUGGCGCUGCCAUUGCCCUCCGGUACCAGGAAAACGGCCAUGUCACACAGCCGGGGAAUCAGCUGGGGAAGCCUGAAAAUCGUGGGACAGUAUACGUAUACGGAACAACAGAACCGAAAGAAGAUGAGAAGAUAAUGGACGUGCACAAGGUAUGGAAUAAAGAUGGUACCGGAGGCGACAAACGUGGUGUGCUCCUGGCAACGCGAAACUUCGAUGAUGGCCGCUGCUAUCAGGUCAACGGCGACAGUAUAUCAAAGCAACGCCAAUCGGAAUUCCCUCAUACCGCAGAUCAGUUAAUGGGUGUCAAUCUAUGGUGUCAGUCAGACAUUGCGCUGCCAUCUAAUGCACCAUCCGGGAAGCCAUACACUCUCUACUGGGUCUGGGACUGGCCUACACUUCCUGGUGUGGACCCGAACUUGCCCAAAGGAAAGCAGGAAAUAUACACAACCUGCAUUGACGUUGAUGUGGUAGCUAAUACAGGGGCCCAGUCGCAUGUGGCGGCAGGUUAUGUCAAGGAUCAAUCCUUGAAUAACGCUGCCAUCCCAUCCCAGCUUGCAGACAUCUUUGGCUCUGGCGCUUCUUCUGGGUCUGCGCAAAGCUCGCCGAUAGCUGGAGUCUCGAUGGCACCUAGCGGCCAUGGGCCCGCGGCGCCAAGCUCUUCGCAAGCAGUCAUAAAAUCCAGCAGCUCUUGGUCUUCACCUACCGUGGCAGCGACUCCUACAUCGCCUGUCCAAGACCCAAUGGCUCCACAAAGGGUAACAGUAACAUCUUUCGUGACAAUGAUGAAGACUGUCUUUCCUGGCUGUUCCGCUAGUGCGAGCCCCCAGUGA